CUCUUCUCCCUCAGGAACAACUCAAAUUCCUUAAAACAACAAAAAUAAUAUAAAAGAUCUCUCUAGCUAUAAUCUUCUCCUUUUAAUUUUUAAUUCAUAAUCCCGAUAUUGUAAUGGAGGUUAACGGAUUAUCCCACGGAGGAGAAGUCGACGCUAUGUUAUGCGACGGAGAGAUCAAGAAGAAUGCCACGGUGGUUGGGGCUGAUCCUCUCAACUGGGGAGCUGCAGCGGAGCAAAUGAAAGGGAGCCAUUUGGAUGAAGUGAAGAGAAUGGUGAAGGAGUUUAGGAGGCCAGUGGUGAAUCUCGGAGGAGAGACUCUCACGAUCGGACAAGUGGCAGCAAUCUCGACCCUUGGAAACGGUGUGAAGGUGGAGUUGUCGGAGACGGCGAGAGCCGGUGUGAAAGCGAGUAGUGAUUGGGUGAUGGAGAGUAUGGGCAAAGGCACCGAUAGUUAUGGUGUUACUACUGGUUUUGGUGCUACUUCUCACCGGAGAACCAAGAACGGUGUCGCUCUUCAGAAAGAGCUUAUAAGAUUUCUGAACGCCGGAAUAUUCGGCAGCACGAAGGAAACAUCCCACACAUUACCACACUCCGCCACAAGAGCCGCCAUGCUCGUACGCAUCAACACCCUCCUCCAAGGCUACUCCGGCAUACGUUUCGAGAUCCUCGAGGCCAUAACAAGCUUCCUCAACAGCAACAUCACUCCUUCUCUCCCUCUCCGCGGCACCAUCACCGCCUCCGGAGACCUCGUCCCCCUCUCCUACAUCGCCGGACUCUUAACCGGACGUCCCAACUCCAAAGCCACCGGUCCCAACGGCGAAGCCUUGAACGCAGAGGAAGCCUUCAAAAUGGCAGGAGUCACCUCCGGCUUCUUCGAUCUCCAGCCUAAGGAAGGCCUCGCCCUAGUCAACGGCACGGCCGUUGGCUCCGGCAUGGCCUCGAUGGUUCUCUUCGAAGCCAACGUCCUCUCGGUCCUGGCCGAGGUUUUAUCAGCCGUCUUCGCCGAGGUGAUGAGCGGGAAGCCGGAGUUCACCGAUCAUUUAACUCACCGGCUGAAGCACCACCCCGGCCAGAUCGAAGCCGCGGCUAUAAUGGAACACAUUCUCGACGGGAGCUCGUACAUGAAGCUAGCUCAGAAGCUUCACGAGAUGGAUCCGUUACAAAAACCCAAACAAGACCGUUACGCGCUACGUACCUCUCCUCAAUGGCUAGGCCCUCAGGUAGAAGUGAUCCGUUACGCGACCAAGUCCAUCGAACGUGAGAUAAACUCCGUCAACGACAACCCGUUGAUCGACGUUUCGAGAAACAAAGCCAUUCACGGUGGUAACUUCCAGGGAACACCCAUCGGUGUGUCGAUGGACAACACACGUUUAGCUAUAGCAGCGAUAGGGAAGCUCAUGUUCGCUCAGUUCUCCGAGCUGGUCAACGAUUAUUACAACAACGGUCUUCCUUCGAACCUAACUGCUUCGAGGAACCCUAGUUUGGACUACGGUUUCAAAGGAGCGGAGAUCGCGAUGGCUUCGUACUGUUCAGAGCUUCAGUACUUGGCCAACCCAGUGACUAGCCAUGUUCAAUCAGCAGAGCAACACAACCAAGACGUGAACUCUUUAGGACUAAUCUCGUCUCGCAAGACGGCGGAAGCUGUCGACAUACUCAAACUCAUGUCGACAACAUUCCUUGUCGGAAUCUGCCAAGCCAUCGAUCUACGACACUUGGAGGAGAAUCUAAAACAAACGGUCAAGAACACAGUCUCUCAAGUGGCCAAGAAAGUUCUCACCACUGGAGUCAACGGUGAGCUUCACCCAUCACGCUUCUGCGAGAAAGACUUACUCAAAGUCGUCGACCGUGAGCAAGUCUACACGUACGCGGACGACCCAUGCAGCGCCACGUACCCGCUGAUUCAGAAGCUGAGGCAAGUCAUCGUUGACCAUGCCUUGGUCAACGGUGAGAGCGAGAAGAAUGCGAUGACUUCGAUCUUCCAUAAGAUUGGGGCCUUCGAGGAGGAGCUCAAGGCGGUGCUACCUAAAGAAGUGGAGGCAGCUAGAGCGGCGUAUGAUAACGGAACAGCUGCGAUACCGAACAGGAUCAAGGAGUGUAGGUCGUAUCCUUUGUAUAGGUUUGUGAGGGAGGAGCUUGGAACAAAGCUUUUGACCGGAGAGAAAGCGACGUCGCCCGGAGAAGAGUUUGAUAAGGUUUUCACGGCGAUUUGUGAAGGGAAGAUUAUUGAUCCGUUGAUGGAGUGUCUCGAUGAGUGGAACGGAGCUCCCAUUCCUAUAUGUUAAGAGUGAUUAAAGGUUCUCUGUUUUUUUUUUUUACUAUAAAGUUUUUUUUUAAAUGUCUGAAUAAUUUUACCAAAUGAUUGCCUGUGAAGUGGUUUCUGUCUUUGUCUAGUUUAUAAAUUGUCUGUAAAACUCAUUGCAAGUUCUCAAAGGAACAUUUUUUUUCUUGUGUGAAA